CCGAAGUCGGGGGCGGGGUGGGGUUCUUGAGCCGCCCGGAGGAGUGGACGUUGCCGCGGGAGGCACUGGGAGGAACGGCACCGGAGCCUCAGAAGACUCCAGAUGGCACAGUGGGAGACGCUGCAGAACAUUGACAGCCCAUUUCUGGACCAGCUGCACCAGCUCUACUCUCAAAGCACCCUGCCAAUGGUUGUCCGACAGCACUUGGCUGCCUGGAUUGAAGACCAGAACUGGGGGGAGGCCGUGCUAGGCAGUGAUCAUUCCAAGGCCAAUAUGCUGUACUUCAACAUCCUGGACCAGCUGAACCAGUGGGACCAUUGCUCAGACCCGGACUGCUUUUUAUUGCAGCAUAACUUGCGAAAAUUCAGCCGGGACAUCCAGACCUUUCCUAAGGGCCCUAUCCAGCUGGCUGAGAUGAUCUUUAACCUUCUCCUGGAAGAGAAAAGAAUUUUGAAUCUGGCUCAAAGGGCUCAGGAGGUACAAGCCAGGCCAGCCCCCGAAGCAACAGUGGGAAGCCAGCAGCUUGAGAUUGAAUCCCGGAUCCUGGAUUUGCAGGGUGUGAUUGAGAUGUUGGUGAGAUCCGUCAGGCAACUGAAAGACCUGCAUGACGUCUUCAGCUUCAGAUACACAAUUCUCACUCAAAAGAAAACACAGUCUUCCGACAAGCAUCAGAAGGAACAGGUGGAGCUCGUACAGACAACGGUCAACGAACUGGACAGGAUGCGAAAGGAGGUGCUGGAUACCUCCAGAGCACUAGUAGGCCGAUUAACCACCCUGGUCGAUCUGCUGCUGCCAAAAUUGGAUGAGUGGAAGGUGCAGCAGCAGAGGUCCUGCAUUGGAGCCCCACCGCCGGAGCUGCAGCUGGAACAGCUGGAGCAAUGGUUGACAGCCGGAGCAAAGGUCUUGUUCCAUCUUCGGCAGCUGCUGAAACAGCUAAAAGAAAUGAGUCACAUGCUUAAGUAUGAGGGGGACAUGUUUAGCAAAGGGGUGGAGCUGCAGAAUGCCCAAGUCACAGAGUUACUACAACGCCUGCUGCAAAGGUCCUUCGUGGUGGAAACGCAGCCCUGCAUGCCCCAAACUCUCCAUCGACCCCUUAUCCUGAAGACUGGGAGCAAGUUCACUGUCCGAACAAGACUGCUGGUGAGACUCCAGGAGGGCAAUGAGUCACUCAAAGCAGAGGUCUCCAUUGACAGGAAUUCAGAGUUACCAGGCUUCCGGAAGUUCAACAUUCUGACCUCAAACCUAAAAACCCUGACCCCUGAGGAGGGCCAGAGGCAAGGGUUAAUUUGGGACUUCGGCUUCUUGACGCUGGUGGAGCAACGCUCUGUGGGUCCGGGAAAAGGCACCAAUAAGGGGCCGCUGGCCGUGACGGAGGAGUUACACGUCAUCAGCGUCGUGGUGCGAUACGUGUACCAGGGCAUGAGGAUGGAGCUGCAGACGGACACUCUCCCAGUGGUGAUCAUUUCCAACAUGAACCAGCUCUCCAUCGCCUGGGCCUCAGUUCUCUGGUUCAACAUGCUCAGCCCAACCCCCCAGAACCCGCAAUUCUUCCGCCAGGCUCCUAAAGCCCCCUGGAGCUUGCUGGGGCCUGUUCUCAGUUGGCAGUUCUCCUCCUACGUUGGCCGAGGCCUCAAUUCGGAGCAGCUGGGCAUGCUGAAGAACAAGCUCUUUGGGAAGAACUGCAAGAUGGAGGAUGCGUCCUUGUCCUGGGUGGAUUUCACUAAGAGAGACAGCCCCCCUGGCAAGAUCCCUUUCUGGACAUGGCUGGACAAAAUUCUGGAGCUGGUCCACGACCACCUGAAGGAGCUCUGGAACGAUGGGCUUAUCAUGGGCUUUGUGAGCCGAAGCCAGGAACGGCGACUGCUCAAGAAGAUGGUGUCGGGGACCUUUCUGCUGCGCUUCAGUGAGACUUCUGAGGGGGGCAUCACAUGCUCAUGGGUGGAGCACCAGGACGAUGACAAAGUGCUCAUCUACUCCGUGCAGCCGUACACCAAGGAAGUGCUACAGUCACUCGCACUGACGGAGAUCAUCCGCCACUACCAGGUUCUUGCCGAGGAGAACAUCCCUGAGAACCCACUACGCUUCCUCUAUCCCAGAAUCCCUCGGGAUGAAGCUUUCGGGCACUACUACCACGAAAAAGUUAAUUUUGAAGAGCGGAGGAAAUACCUGAAACACAGGCUCAUUGUGGUCUCCAACAGGCAGGUGGACGAGCUGCAGCAACCUCCGGAGCUUGAACCGGAAGCAGAGCUGGGUCCCUCAGAGCUCACUUCAGAGCUCAUGCCAGCCACAUUAGAAGAUCUGGAGUUGCAGAUGCUGAUGAAGGAAGGGCUGGAUCUGGGGACAGGGUUGGAACCAAAGCCCACACCAUGUGUGACCACACAAACAUUGCUGGAGGCCGGCCCGGGACCUGCCUCGGAGCUGUCACCAGAGUCAGACUUACCUCAUGAUCUGCAGCAGCUGAACACGGUGGAUAUGGAAAUCUUCAGCACCAUAAAUAUUGAUGACAUCAUGCCCCACGGUGACCCGAUGUUGGCUGACCAAAACAUCAUAGAUGAAGCCUACAUGUCCUGCCAAAGCCAUUUUGAUGUGGAUGGACCCUUGAUUCCUUCUGAUGACUAAGAGCCACAUUCCCGUUUUGUCCUUCCUACCUCCCAUACCAGAGCAUUGCUUCCAGCAGUGGGAAUGAGGCCUUCUGAGCGGGGUUAGCCAUGAACUUUGGAGUAAGAGGUAAAAGCAUAAGAUGGCCUUGAAGCUGCACCAAAUAGUCAGAACAGACACUGGCCGAAGUAUUGCUAGGAUCCUGAGUCUGCCUGGCAUGCUGGGAGACACAGGGGUCCUGAGGGCAAGCCAGUACAUUUGAGAGAUUGGUAGAGGGUCCAAGGCAGUGGUAUCUUUUCAAUAUGGAAGGAUUUUAAUGGUUUGGUGACUGGUAAGGCCAAAUGGUGUGAACCAUCGCUGGACCUUGUGGGGAGCACAGAGAUGGAUGGAGUUUUGUCCUCCCUCCCGCCUUGCUAUCCUGGGUCUUGCCAAACCCAAACUCUCAGCUGUGGUAGGUAAUCAUGAUGUCAUUGAGCCAUACUUCAAGUCCUUUAAGUCCUCUCUUCUGGUCACUACAGCUCUAACUGACCCUUUCCUUCUCUCUUCGCUCCUGACUCCAAUUCUAAAUCUCAUUUUUUCCUGUACAGGCUGAGAGCUGUCUGCUUCAGCCCACCAUGUGAACUCUAUCCUGAGGACGGGCUUGGCAAAUAGGGUUCCUCCUAGCCCUGCUCACCCUUCCCCUGCACAGCAACCCUGAUCCCUUAGGAAGAUGUAAAGCUUUGCUGCAUUAGGCAGCCUCACCUUUGGGGGCUGUCCUGGAACUCGCUCUGUAGACCAGGCUGGCCUCGAACUCACAGAGAUCUGCUUGCCUCUCUGCCUCCUGAGAGCUGGGAUUAAAGGUGUGCACCACCACUGCCCGGAGGGAAUUUCUUCUUCUAGCACUCAGUAGAAUUGAGCGGAGAGACAUCUGCAAGAGCUGUCUUACUAGUAAGUAGUAACUGCUUCUUUUGUGCAUUAUUUAACAUGAAAGCAAAGCGUCUGUCCCUCAGGCGUGACCCAGGCAAGGACCUCAGACCCUUGAAGGUUUAUCAGAGGCCUCUGGACAUCCAGGGACCGGGGAGCGGCUGCACUGCUCUUAGGUGUGCCUGUGGGACGACUUGAGUGGCAUGUGAACACGAGCCAGCCAUACUGUGACAGUCCUGUUCCGGAAGGAGUUAACAGUGGGGAGAGGGGACAGUGAACAAACCAAAACCCAAGGAAGUAGAUAAGGAAGACACGCAAAGAGGAGGAAACUCAGGGAGCUAAAAGCAGAAGCCAUACGAGAAAGGGCCCCAGCCCACCGGUGAAGUUAAGAAAUUCAGCAAAGCCAGGUGGUGGUGACAUGAACCUUUGAUCCCAGCACUCAGGAGGCAGAGGCAGGUGCGCCUGGUCUACAAACCAAGUUCUAGGACAGCCAGGGCUACACAGAGAAACCCUGACUCAAAAAAUAAAGAAAGGAAGGCAGGGAGGGAAAGAGAGAAGGCAGGAACGAAAAGGAGAGAGAGAGAGAGAGAGAGAGAUCUGCAAAGAGAGAGAGAGAGCUGCAAAGAGAGAGAUCUGGCAAAGCCAGGCAGGUAGUAUGUGACUUUAAUGUCAGCACUGAAGAGGAAGGUGGAUCUUUCUGAGUUUUGAGCCAGCCAGGGUGACACAGUGGUACUCAGAGAGAGAGAGAGAGAGAGAGAGAGAGAGAAUUCCUUGUGCCUGAAAUGAUAGUAAUGCUUCGUUCCGUCCCUUUGUAAGUGCCUGGGUUCUCUGCUGUAGCAUCUGUCACCAUGUUUCCUAUAGCUAAAAUGAACUAUUGUUUCAGAGUCUUUUGUACAUCCUAAUAAACUCUCGUUAGAACAACAACAACAAAAACCGGUGGAAGUGU